GUCCACUGUCACGUAGCACACGAACAACCACGGCAUCGCUUUUGGCGUUAGGAAUAUCUACGAAUAAGGGACACAAUUGGAAUGCUAACCUGUUGCCAUGAAAAGAAUUCUUCCCCGUGGAGGACUGCACUUUGGCUCUUGUUCCUGUUCACUGGUGUCAACAUCAUCUACCUCUGUACUUCCUUCGAUCUGCACCACUGGACACUGCAGUACUUUUCAGCUAGGAACGAAACGCUGCAUGCUUUUCAUUCUUCUAGUGAAGAAGAGCCUAACCAACUGUUCACCAGAUAUCCAGUUGCUCCGCUGGGCAGAGAAACCGCGUUACAAAAAAGCAGCUUUCCCUUUCCAAUCGAAAAUAUCACUUACGAACUUGCAGCUGCGCCAUCUACGGUAAACGCAUGUAAAUCAGGCUUAAGGACAUUAUUUUUAGUGCAUACCGCGCCUUCGCACUUUCACCAUCGAAAUACACUAAGAGAACGUCUUGGUGCCACCUACAAUAAUACCCUAGUGUUCUUAACUGGGCUCACUUCUGAUUAUACACUCACCAGGAAUAUCAGCGCUGAGGCAAAGCAACACGGUGACGUCGUUAUUUUACCAUACGUGGACGCUUAUCGCAACCUAACCUACAAGUUCGUGUACGGCAUCAAGUGGACUAUAGAGAACUGCCCAGGAGCGAAACAUGUGGUUAAAAUUGACGACGAUAUCGUUGUUAACGUAUACCGCCUGGACGCUUACCUAAACGAUACAUUUUCGAAGCGUACAGGUGACUUUCAUUGUUUGACAUGGCACAAUAUGGGCGUGAUACGCGAUCCUAAUUCGCCAUGGUACCUGUCGAAGGAGCUGUAUCCCAAAAACAGGUUUCCCGCGUAUUGUUCUGGUUCUGCGAUGUUUCUGCCUGUUAGUAAGCUCGACGCCCUCUACAAUGCAUCUUUUUCUGUACCCUUUAUACCAGUAGAUGACGCAUAUGUAACAGGUGAACUAGCUAAAUUGGCGAAGGUAGGUCAUGUUGAGAUUAACCGCGAGUACACCUUAAAUGGGAUGCCGCAAAGAGUGGCAAAAGGAGAGGUCAUGUUUGCCCAUUUCUAUAAUGACAAAGAGCGAGAAGUAGCAUGGAAAAACAUGGUUCCACCAACAACUCAAGUGAGGGUCGUGUGACCAUUUUAGGUACCCGACGUCCUUAAUCGGAUUUCCCUGGGGGAAAAUAAGACGCGUAACCCAGCGUCCGUUGUGCAACAGAUUGAGCAAACCAAGUAGCACAUUGUAGUGAACGUUCGAAUGGGGGGGGGGGGGGAUAUGUUUAUUGAAAAAAAUAUGAGGAAAGGUUAGUCAGGCAUAGACCGACUUGCUAUUCCUUUCAGAAAAGGAAAACGAGAGAAAGAAAGAAAACGAAAAAAAGAAAGACAACGAAAAAAGGAAAGAAAACGAAAAAAGGGAAGAAAACGAAAAAUGGAAAGAAAACGAAAAAAAGGGAAGAAAACGAAAAAUGGAAAGAAAACGAAAAAAAGGAAAGAAAACGAAAAGAACGAAAAAGAAAGUAAAAGAACCGAAAGAAAGAAAACGAAAGUUCGAAUACAUGACAGUCCGACCGGCAAGUUUCUUACCAAUUCAGCCUUUCAAUUUGCAUCACUGGUUGCAAGUCAAAAAACAAAAACGCGUUUCCGCAUGUACUCGUACGUUUAAUUCAUUGUAUCUGCAAGGUAGGCAAGUAAUGUCACGAAUUCGCCUAUUCAUUUUCGUGCAAAAAUCGACAGAUUCCCUAAAUUGAUUGUAAGUUAUAUCCGUUAUCUAACUAAUGAUGUAAUGUUAUAACGUUAUCUAACUUCUGGACUUGUUUAUAUCACAAAUGCCGAAGCAGCCGCAUUAAGGGCUGGGACCACACAAACACUGUUGGGCGAUCACCUACCGGUAUUUUUAUGACAUGAUAACUACAUGCUGAAAGAAGUUGAGCCUCAUACAUACCGAUUAAUAAAUGGACAUAAUCUCGAUUUAAACAACGAGAUUUGGCGGAGGCAGACCACAAUUAGGGACGAUACAAACAAGUAAGCCUCAAACGCCCAGAAAUCAACGAAUGCAACAACUAAGGGAAACUGACGCCAGGAAUCGAACCUGGGUCUUCCUUCCCCCCCCCCCCCUCUCAAGGGAAACGGCUAAAGGGAAACGGCGUUCUGGUGUGGUGUAGUGGUUAGCAUAUCUGACCGGAAAUCAGAAGACCCAGGUUCGAUUCCUGGCGUCAGCACCUCUUUUCCCUGAGUUGUUGCAUUCGAUAAUCUCGAUUGUUUCCACGAUACGAUAGAAAACACUAAUUGGGGCUGCGUUUUCAACAUAAGAGAGCCCGAAACGCAUAUAACAGUUUCUUCGAGAAAUUACGUGAAAUGUAUAAGGCUUGUUUCCCCAUAGUUACUAGAAAACAAAAUAAAAAUUUCGUAAGUCAUGGAUGACCUCUACUUAAAGUCAUUCGUCAUCGGGACAAAUUGUACAGACUAUUCUUGAAUGACAAAAGCCAGGAAAAAUUGAGCGCUUAUAAGAGGUUCAGAAACUACGUGACGUCGGAGAUUAAGAAAACCAAGCAGGUAUACUCUACUAGGCAGUUUUAUAGUUGCACACAUAAAAAUGUGUGGCAGACUAUUCACAAAAUAAUGGACCGGAAAAAUGAUAGAAGUACCACUGAUUGUAUAUCACACGAGGGUAGAACGUUACGAGGUACAGACAUGGUUGAAAGCUUCAACAGCUACUUUGUGAAUCGACCUUUCGGGAACGAUAAUUCGUUAUCAGCACGCAGCUAUGAACCCUACAGGUGCCCUGAAACGUUCUUUUUUGCACCUGUUCAUGAAAGUGAGGUAAUCAGCUCCAUUCAAUCGCUGAACAAUAGUAACAGUACGGACAUAUUUGCCAUGCAAAUCGCACCUGUUAAACGCGUGACUGCUAAUAUAGCAUCCAUGCUAUGCUACAUCUUUAACCUGUGCAUUUCGGCGGGAGUCUUCCCAUCUAAUAUGCAAAUAGCUAAGGUAUCUUUGCCGGUAUCUUUACCUAUUACCAUCCGAUUUCUAUAUUGCCAGUUUUUUCCCAAGGUAUUUGGAAAGGUUAUUUAUACUAGAAUUAGUUGCUUCCUUGAUCGGCACUGGGUCUUGAACCCUGCGCAAUAUGGUUUUGGUAAAUCACGAUCCACUGAAAUGGCCCUUUUAAAGAUGAAGGAGAUGAUAAUAGAGAACAUUGAAAAUAAACUACUUACUUUGGUCAUUUUUGUCGAUUUUUCCAAGGCCUUUGAUUGUAUAAACCAUGCUAUCUUACUCCAGAAAUGUUGGUACUUCGGGUUCCGGGGCUUAAGUUCGUCCCUGCUUAAGUCUUAUCUCAGCAAUAGGGUACAGUGCAUUGUUGUAAAUGACUCUAAAUCAUCAUUAAAACGUGUAACGUGUGGCGUACCCCAAGGGAGCCUGUUGGGUCCACUCCUUUUUAAUCUCUAUGUGAAUGACAUUGUCAAUAUAUGUCCCGACACGAGGUUCGUUCUAUAUGCGGACGAUACAAGUAUGUUUAUCAGUGGAAAAUACACUAUGGAACUAGCCGCAAAGGCAAACGCAGUGUUGCACAGACUCGCAGAAUGGUCCAGUAAAAAUUGCCUUAAAUUAAAUCCAAGCAAAACUAAUGCGGUCAUAUUAAGGCCCAGAAAUAGCCGGCUGUCAGUACCAAUCGACAUACGUUUGAACGACGCUAUCAUUAAAAUCACUGACACAGUCAAAAUACUGGGCGUUUAUCUGUCUGACACGUUAUCGUGGGAUGCCCACAUUCAUCAUGUUCGCGGGAAAGUAUGCUCGGCCUUAGGUGCGAUUAAUAAGUGUAAAUAUUUUCUUCCGCCAGACGUUUUAGAAUUGUUUUACUAUGCAUGUAUUGGCUCCCACCUGAAUCACUGUUUGUUGGUUUGGGUACCUCCUCGAGUUUUAUCUCUAUGAAAUCUUUUAACGCUUCAGAAUAAAUUCCUGCGCACUGCGCAGAGAAUAUACAUUGUACUCAUACAACUAGGGGCCUAUUUGAAAAGCACAAAGGAAUUAAAAUCCACAACUUGUACAACUACAGACUCUCACUAACUUAUACGAGAGCCGUAAAAAACAAGCUCACACAUUUUCUAACUGUGAUCGAUCUACAUUAUAAAAGCCACACGUGCAAUUAUCGUCACCCAAUAUGUUACGUGAUACCACAGUUUAGAACAUCAUAUGGUCAUCAAACAUUACAAUAUAAUACAGUUAAGUUGCUCAAUAGCAAUAACGAGCUAUGCUUAUUACCGAAAGCGGAUUUGUUUCAUUACUAUCUCAAUCUUGAUUAACAAUGAACUCAUUUGGGCAUGUCUGAAUGACACCAUACUGGGGCUAUAUUGCUUGUGUAAUUGCGGACUGUCUUUUUGUUCUUUUUGGAUUGUACCCUAUGACUUGUACAUAUGCUUGUAAACAUGUUUAUUAUUGAUGUGUUUAUGAUGCUGCCGGGGGGCUGGGACCUUUGUCAAGUCCUUUGGGCUUUUUUGUCCCAACUCCCAUCCACGAGAGUGGUGAAUAAAUGUUAUUAUUAUUAUUAUUAUUAUUAUUAUUAAUAUUCAAGCCAUUCGGCUUAGGCGGACCUGCUUUGUAUUUUGAUUUGAUUCACAAGGAAUAAAAAAAAUAUCCAAUUUUA